CCUAACACGAGCUCUGUACAUUGAAGUGCUGACUACGAUGGAGACGACAGAAUUUCUAGGAAGUUUAAGGCGACUGAUAGCACGUCGUGGUCGCCCAAGAAAGAUAUAUUCCGACAAUGGUGGAACGUUUGUUGCUGCAGCUAAAUGGCUCCGAACUGUGAUGAAGGAUGAGCGCGUUGGAAACUUGUUGGCGAAAGAAGAAAUCAAGUGGCAAUUUAAUUUGAGUCGGGCUCCAUGGUGGGGCGGCCAAUUCGAAAGAAUGAUUGGCCUUAUCAAGCAGUCUCUGUACAAAACCAUUGGAAAUGGUUUUUUGUCGCUGAAAGAGUUACGAGACGUGAUAUUGGACGUAGAAGUGACCCUCAACAACCGUCCCCUUAGCUAUGUCGAGGACGAUAUACAGUUCCCCAUCCUAACCCCCAACUCCCUUUUAUAUGGACGUUCCAAUGUCUUACCCGAGUUAGAACCUCAUCGAGUGGAAUCCAAAGACCAUCGUAAGCAAGCCAAACAUCUACGACGCUGCAAGGAAGCCGUAUGGCGUAGAUGGAAAAACGAGUACCUGAGAGGGCUACGUGAACGUCACAACCAGCAACAUGGCAGCAAAUCAAGUACACCGAAGGUCGGCGAAGUCGUGAUUAUCAAAUCGGACGAGAGAAACCGUGGAAAGUGGAAGUUAGGAGUAGUCGAAACGGUGAUAGUUGGGAUCGAUAAUGUUGUACGAGGCGCGAAAGUACGAACAGGAAAGUCGGUAGUAGAAAGAGCGGUUCAACAUCUUUUUCCGCUAGAAUUGUCGUGUGACAAGACGGAAGUCACAGAACAAGCCACGCCAGCGAAGCUAAACGUGCAAGCACCUGAAUUCCAACCAAGACCGAAGCGACAAGCUGCC